GUGGUAUUUAUUCUUUUUACUAGAACUCUAAUUUGUACAGACAAUCGAGCAUGGCAGUUGCAUAGAGAGUUAUUGCAAGGGUUUAUCAUAUCUUUUUUGAUAAUUUACUCCAGCGGAGGUGAGCAGCCUGAGCUCGUAAUCAAUUUUCUAGUGACUGUUUUCUGGAACAAUGGAAGUAGAAGAAAGAAAAUCAAUGUCAGAAUUGGACAAAAUUUAUCAGAUAUUCUCAGAUUUUAUGACAAGGAUCACAAAGUUUGAGGAGCUAUUGGACGUGGGAUGUAGGCUUCUUGUUGGCUUUCAGCAAGCACUCGUCUUUCUUCGAAAACCUUCAAUUGCUAAAUCAUCUAAUUUGGUUGAGUCCAUCAUCAAAGCCAAUGCUACCAGGAGGGUUUCAUCUUAUGUAGAAGCUGGAUGUGUUAACACUCACAACAGAGUACAAAAUAUGAAUAAGUUGCAUACUUGCCAAGUUGGACUCCUAAAACAUUUAAAAGAAGUGCAUACUUGCCAAGUUGGACUCCUAAAACAUUUAAAAGAAGCAAAAGAUACGGUUAAUGAACUUGAAGCCCUUGUAGAGGAUAUAACUGUUGAACUCUCUGCUGAAAAUUUGGCACAUUUACAACUUGAGGAUACCACACAUCUGCCAGGAACCACAUCAGACGAGGAAUUAAUUUUGUCAUCAGAACCUCGCAAAGUUGAGAUUACGGAUUAUGCAACUAUGAUGGCUGUUAUAUACAGCAUGGUGAAGCAAGAUUACUUCAUGCAGGAGAAAAUUGUUUCUGCUCUUAAUCUAAACUCUUCAUUCGAAGAACUGGAGAGCUAUAGCCUUAUGUGGUCAUUACGUCCUUACAUCGAUGAUGAAGUUAUGCAUCAAGCAUGGAGACUUAUCCACUGAAUAUCAUCAUGCCUGCUCAAGAUUUCAGUUUUUGUUUUGGUCCGGUGAGCAAUAGGGCGGCAUUGAAAUAUUACAUAAACUUGGCCUCAUGGUCAUCAACAGGAAGCUAUUGAGAAGCUGCUUACUGCUGUAUAUAUUACUGUCAUAGCAAGCGAUUUGUUACCCAAGUGCGCUCCUACGCAUCCAAGCACUUAAACAGAAGUAUAAGAAUAUUAUUUUAGUAUGAACUUCAAUAAUAUGUUGUGUAUUAUUGUUAAAAUUUUAA